UUAGAAGUUACUGCACACUUGAACAGACGCUCCUUACCUGGAGCUCCGGACAUAGAUAUGAGGUUUUCACUUUGGCCAGAUGCUUUGUAUCUUUUGGCCCUAUUGUUUUUUCUGAGUCAGUGUGCAACAGCAGUGGAGAGACACUAUUAUAUUGCUGCUGUUAACAUUAACUGGGAUUAUACAGCGAAUGGGACUGAAAGCAAAGGUCCCAUCUAUAAAAAGACAGUGUACAGGGAAUAUGACCCAGGUUUCCAAGAGGCUAAAACAACUACAUGGUCAGGGCUGCUGGGACCCACACUCCGUGGUCAAGUUGGUGACACCAUAAUUGUCAGGUUUAGGAACAUGGCAGAUCAUCCCUGUACUAUCCAUCCACAUGGGGUUGCAUAUGGAAAACAGUCUGAAGGAUCUUUGUACUUUGACAACACGUCCAUGUUUGAGAAAGAGGAUGAUGUCAUAUAUCCUGGCAAAGAGCACACAUACUACUGGGAAGUGACUACAGAGGUGGCCCCACAAGCUAAAGAUCCCCCAUGCCUUACAUACAUUUAUUUCUCACAUAAUGAUAUUGUUAAGGACUACAACACAGGACUGAUUGGUACACUGCUCAUUUGUAAGCAUGGCAGUCUUGAUGAUUCUGGAAAGCAGAUUCAUUUCCAUAUGGAAUUCUCUUUGUUGUUUGGGGUGUUUAAUGAAAGCAACACCUGGUACAGCAAAGGGAAUGCAUUUAAGGAGCAUGUAAAGUACACUAUCAAUGGCUUUACAAAUGGCCUUGUUCCUGGUCUUAAUACGUGUGCACAUUCCAAGGUAUCCUGGCACUUGAUUGGUAUGAGUUCUGAGCCAGAGCUUUUUUCUGUCCACUUCAAUGGACAGGUUCUACAGCACAAUGGACACAAGGUGUCUUCAGUUGGCAUUAUCAGUGGCACAGCUACCAGUGCAGAGAUGGGGGCCAUUUACCCUGGUCGCUGGCUUCUCUCAUCUCACAUUAGCAAACAUUUGGAAGCUGGCAUGCAUGGUUUUCUGACUGUUAAUACAUGUGAAGAGUUUACUGCACCAAAGCGAAAGCUCACAAUGCAACAAAAGCGAGAAAGUCAAGAAUGGAUUUACUACAUCGCAGCUGAGGAGAUCAUUUGGGACUAUGCACCAAAUUUGCCAGAUAAUGUGGACAGGAAUUUUCGAUCCACAUACUUAAAACAGGGUUCAGUGAGGAUUGGUAAGAAAUAUAAAAAAGCUGUAUUCACCCAGUAUACCGAUGAAUCAUUUAAAGAAAGGGCAGAAGAGAAACAAAGAAAAAUGGAGUUGGGAAUUCUUGGUCCCGUGAUCAGAGCACAGAUCCGAGACAUAAUAAAGAUUGUGUUCAAAAACAAAGCAUCACGUCCAUACAGUAUUUAUCCUCAUGGAUUAACUAUUGAUAAAGCUGCAGAGGGAGCCAAUUACCCUGAGGGAGGGCAACAGAGCCAUGCUGUGCAACCAGGGGAGACUUAUACGUAUGUAUGGCGAGUCAUUGAGGAAGAUGAACCAUUACCCGGUGAUUCAAGGUGUCUCACCAGGAUGUACCAUAGUGCAGUGGACAUUCCACGAGACAUUGCAUCAGGUCUUGUUGGACCACUUCUUAUCUGCAAAAGUCAGUCCCUUAGUACCAGGAAUGUUCAGCUGAGAGCAGACAAGGAGCAGCAUGCUAUGUUUGCAGUUUUUGAUGAAAAUAAAAGUUGGUACAUAAAUGAGAACAUCCUCACAUACUGUGGGGAACCAAAAAAUGUAAAACCAGAUGACCCAGAGUUCUAUAACUCAAAUGUUAUGCACACAAUUAACGGUUAUGUGUAUGAAAGCGGACAAAUCCUGGGGUUCUGCAACGGUGAGAUUGCAACUUGGCAUGUGUCUAGUGUUGGUGAACAAGAUGACAUCCAAACAGCCACAUUUUAUGGACACACAUUUGAGCUGAACAACAGAGAGGAGGACAUCCUCAGUCUGUUCCCCAUGACAGGAGAAACGAUCUCAAUGAAUAUGGCUAAUGUUGGAAUUUGGUUAAUGGCAUCAUUGAACACACAUGAAACCCAAAAAGGAUUAAGAGUGAAGUUUCAGGACGUUGAAUGCUUUAGGGAUUAUAUAGUGGAAAGUCAGAAUUAUGAUGGCUAUGAUGAUAUGGCACCAGAGACCUUCAUUAAGUGGGAACCUGUAAAUGAGACCGGGUUACAGAAGGAGAAAUCAAAAAUUCCAAUCCUAACUGUGGAUGCUGAUUCAGAUACUGAUGAUUAUGCCAUGCUUCUUGGAAUAAGGUCAAUGAAUAAUUCAAAUAAAAAUGAUAUGGAACUGUUAGACUUCUCAGAUCUGAACGAAAACAAUCUUUUUCAAAAUGAAAAUACAACAGAGUCAUUGAUCAUAUCAUCUCUGCAGCUGACUCUAACUAACUCCACAAUCAGUGAAACUAUCACCAUUAAUCCCAAUAAUGUCUCACUUCCACAAAAUAUUGACAGUGAAAUCACCUCAGAAAACAGACACAAUACAUCAUUAGUAGAAGAAAUUAUAAGGCCAUUGCAAUCAACACAAAUAUCACAUAUUUCUAAAGGGAAUGUGACAGAAAUACAGACCCUAGAAGUGGUUAUGCUGAACUCUGUGGAGCUGGAAGAUGACAAUGACACAUCAAGGGACAACACAUAUAUUUACAAUGUACCUGCUCAUAACCCUCAAAUUAGCAUUACAGAUGUUAAUGAUAUCAAAGAGUUUGUGCUGUUGGAUAAUGAAGAACAAACAGAAACAAAUAGCCAUGAGCAUUUAGUUGAAUAUAGCAUCUCACCCACCGAACUCCCUAUUUUGGAAAUGUUGAACAAUACCACUCAAACCACUACAGUAAAGGUCAAUCAGGAAUUAAAUGCCACUCAAGUGGACUCUGAAUUUUCACUUGGGGGAGACAAAGAACUGAAUAGCACCCAAGUGUACACUGAUUUUUUAGUCCAGGAUAAUAAAGAAUUUAAUGACACUCAAGGAGACUACAAAUUAUCACUUAAGGAAGAUAAAGAGUUAAAAAGCACCCAAGUGGACUAUAACUUUUCACUUGGGGAAGGUACUGAGUUAAAUGGCACCCAAAUGGACCACGAAUUAGUACUUCAGGAAAACAAAGUAUUAAAUGGCACUCGAAAGGACUAUGAAUUUUCACUCAAGGAAGAUAAAGAUUUAAAUGGCACCCAAGUGAAAUUAAAUGCCACCCAAUUGGACUAUGAAUUUUCACUCAAGGAAGAUAAAGAUUUAAAUGGCACCCAAGCUGAAUUAAAUACCACCCAAAUGGACUACGAAUUUUCACUCAAGGAAGAUACAGAUUUAAAUGCCACCCAAGUGGAAUUAAAUGGCACUCAAAUGGAUUAUCAAUUUUCACUCAAGAAGAAUAAAGAUUUAAAUGGCACCCAAUUGGACUAUGAAUUUUUACUCAAGGAAGAUAAAGAUUUAAAUGGCACCCAAGUGGAAUUGAAUGGCACUCGAAUGGACUAUGAAUUUUCACUCAAGGAAGAAAAAGAUUUAAAUGGCCCCCAAGAGAACCACACAUUUUUACUCAAGGAAGAUAAAGAUUUAAAUGACACUAAAGUUUACUUUGAAUUUUUAUUAGAAAAAGACAAAAAACUAAAUGGCACACAAGUGGACACAAGUAAAUUUUUAGUACAGGAAAAUAUAGAAAAUAAAGAAAUAGAAAGUACCCUUGAUAAGCUCAGAGAGCUUACUAGCAACCAGGACCAACCAUACCCAGAUGUUCAAGGAACUAACAGCACUAAACCAGACUCCAGUAUUUCCAACAACACAAUGUAUGAUACUGAGACACACUUUCGAAGUGAAAGCACAGAGAAAUCAAACUUGCCUCAGAAUGUUACAUUCUCUUCCAGAGUUCCUUUCACUGACGAUGCACAUAAUGAAAAAAAUAACCCAAAUGUCAGCAACCCCUGGAUGUCUUCAGAAGAGUUUGAUUCAGAAAGUCUUAAAAAUACUUCCUUUUCUUAUGUUAUUUUCAACCAUUCAUCUACAGAAAGGAAUUCCUCCCACACUAACAUCUUACUGUCAAACAGCAGUUCCAAGCAGGUUACACCAGAUGCUGAAAAGAGUCUUGAUGAUGUUGUCAUCUAUUUAAAAGACAGCAACAACACUAUGGUCAUUUUAACCACACCUUUGGAUACACAAGCAAAAAACUGGAGCUAUGAUGGCAAACAUGAGCUUGUGUCAAUGGAGUUCCCAGAUCACAUGAACAAAUAUAUAACAGACAAGAAUCCAAACAGUGCAAAAGAAGAGAAGAAAAAAAUACAUCUUCAAAGGGUGACACCAAGUAAAGGGUAUGGCAUGAAGACAAAAAAGAGAAAGGACUACAAACCCCAAGCUCGUAGUGACAUCUCUCCUCAAGGCUUCUCCCCACGUGGCUUUACGCCUUCUCAGUUAACACCAAGGACUGCCAAGCCAAACUUUAAUGAAGAAGACAUGAUGCCAAAAGCCAUAGUCAUAGGCAUUCCUAGGAAUGACUUCAAUGACUAUGAAAUAUAUGUUCCUCAUGGCGAGCAGGAAUUUAGUGAGACCACUUAUGAGGAGAAAGAAGAGUAUGAAUAUGUUGAAUACAAAGACCCAUAUGGUAAACCACCUCAAACAGAAACUGAUGUGCUUGAUGAAAUUAACAAAUAUUCCUUACAAAUGGCUGGCAGCAAGUCCAGGGUCUACUUCAUUACUGCUGAAGAAGUUAACUGGGAUUAUGCAGGCUAUGGACAAAGGAGGGAAGAUAAAGCCUCGGUGAAGGAGAGGCAAACUCUUUUCAAGAAAGUGUUGUUCAGGUCAUAUUUGGACAGCUCCUUUACAACCCCAGACUUUCGAGGAGAAGUUGAAGAGCAUCUUGGCAUCAUGGGUCCAGUCAUCAAGGCUGAAGUGGAUGAAACCAUAUAUAUAGUGUUCAGAAAUCUUGCCAGCCGCCCAUACUCAUUGCAUGCAAAUGGUGUGUCAUACAGCAAAAAUAUGGAGGGGCUGAAUUAUGAUGAUAAUUCACCUUAUUGGUACAAGUAUGAUGAUGCAGUUCAACCCAAUACAACUUUUACAUAUAUUUGGACAGUAAAUAACAAAGUGGGGCCAUUAAAUGGUGAAUCUGACUGCAGAAUAUGGGCCUACUACUCUGGUGUGAAUCCUGAGCGAGACAUCCAUUCUGGACUUAUUGGGCCUCUUUUAAUUUGCAAAACAGGCACCCUGGCUAAAAAUCCAGUGGACAAACAAGAAUUUAUGUUACUUUUUAUGAUAUUUGAUGAGAACAAGAGCUGGUACUUUGAAGAAAACUGCGAGAUUCUCAAAAAGACAAACAAAAAAGCAACAAUGGAUCCAAAUUUCAAAGACAAUAUCAAAUUUCAUGCAAUUAAUGGAAUUAUAUACAGUCUUAAAGGACUUCGCAUGUAUGCUAAUCAGCUGGUAAAUUGGCAUGUCAUAAACAUGGGCUCUCCUAAAGACUUCCACAGCAUUCACUUUCAUGGCCAAACCUUCUUUAACAAGCAUAAUGACCCCCAUCGUCAGGGAGUAUAUCCACUUUUACCAGGGGGUUUUGCAACUCUAGAGAUGUGGCCCUCAAAGCCAGGACUUUGGAUGUUGGAGUCUGAGGUUGGAAUUUCCCACCAAAGAGGGAUGCAGACCCUAUUUUUAGUGCUAGACAAUGUAUGUGAUCACCCACUUGGUUUGACUUCUGGAGCUAUUAAAGACAGCCAAAUAACAGCAUCAGACUCUAGAGGCUAUUGGCUUCCCAAUUUGGCCAGACUGUACAAUGGAGGAAAAUACAAUGCAUGGAGUACAACAAAGCCAGACCAGUGGAUCCAGGUAGACUUCCAACGGCCGGUGGUGAUCAGUAAAAUAGCUACACAGGGAGCCAAACAACUCUUUACAUCUAACUUUGUUAUGAACUACACCAUUUUCUACAGUACAGACCGCAAAAGAUGGAGUUGGUAUAAGGGAGACAGCAAAACUUCGAAAAAGACCUUUGAAGGCAAUAGGGAAGCCCAUGAAGUGAAGGAGAAUACAUUUUUCCCACCUAUUAUUAGUCGGUAUGUGAGGCUUUACCCCUCACAUUCAUAUAAUCAUCCAACAGUUCGCAUGGAAUUCUUUGGAUGUGAGUUAGAUGGAUGUUCUGUACCCUUGGGAAUGCAGAGUGGACAUAUAAUUGAUAAUCAAAUCACAGCCAGUUCUGUUGCUAGCUACUGGUAUUCUAGCUUGUGGCAGCCAUCGCUGGCUCGCCUUGACAGGCAAGGAUCGGUCAAUGCUUGGCAAGCCAAGAGUAAUGACAUACAGCCAUGGCUCCAGAUAGAACUAAAGGAUGUCAAGAAGAUUACAGGAAUUGUAACCCAGGGAGCGAAGUCACUGAAAACAGAGAUGUUUGUAACUGCUUAUGUUUUAGAGUACAGCGAUGAUGGAAAGAAAUGGAACAAGUACUCAGACAGUGAGGACUAUGAAACAAAGACAUUCAUGGGAAACUCUGAUAAUAAUAGCCAUGUGAAAAAUUAUAUCUACCCUCCAAUAUUUUCCAGAUUUAUCAGAAUAUUUCCUACAAAAUGGCAGAAUGCUGCCACCAUGAGGGUUGAACUCCUGGGAUGUGAUUUUUAAUAAUGACAAGUGAAAUUUGUUUUGUCGUACUGUUUAAAAUCCAAACGUUUUGGAUAUUCAUUAUAUAAUAUUUGUAUCUAAUAUUGUAUCUAAUAACACUGAUUCUGUAUUAAAAUUAUG